UUUAUCCAUGGAGGCUCUUUACCAAAGCACCAAUUUUCUUCUACAGAAGGUUCAACAUGACCUUGGACGACUAGAAGGCACUCAAAACGAACAAGAUGCGCAAGUUGUUGUACAGUGCAUAUAUGGUGAUGUCAUAACCCUGAAGGAAAACUGCCAGACAUUAGAUAAUUACGUUUCUCGAGAACCUCCAGCGAGGCGGCAAGCGGCCCGAAUGAGAGUUGAUCAGUUACGCGCCGACGUCCACAGAGUUGAUAUGGCCGUUUCGGCAGUACACACGAGAAUGACACAAAGAUGGAGAGCUGCUACUGAACGAGAUGAGCUUCUUAGGACGCGAUAUCGGCCAAACGAUACAGCGCUUUCAAUUGGAGACCACGAGCUUCUUCUCAAUGAUCGCCUGCAAUCUUCCCACACUCAUCUUGACGAUCUGAUAAGUCAAGGAUCUGCUGUACUCGAAAACUUGAAAUCCCAGCAUUUAAAUUUACGCGGCGUUGGGAGAAAAAUGCAUGAAAUUGGCCAAGCUUUGGGUCUCUCUAACUCGACACUUCAAGUCAUCGAUCGGCGUGUUCGUGAGGAUUGGAUCCUAUUUGUGAUUGGAUGCAUUGUCUGCUGCAUCUUCAUGUACGCAUUUUACCGAUUCUGGCGUGGAUGAGGAAGAAUCAGUUGAAUGCGAAACUAUCAACCAUCUCGUCAUACAUACCAAAAAUGCCACGUAUUUUGUGAUUUCAAUAGCAUAUCUAUUGCUGGCCAGCGACAACUUUUUUUUGUCAUUAUUUAUUUUGUUUCAUUUCCUGCAUAUCUUUAUUUAUUUAUUUGUUCAUAUACAAAUUUCCUGCCAUUUUCUGUUGACUCUAUAUUCCUUUCAGUUUGGAAUAAUAUAUGAUGAUUUUUGUAUGGGAAAUGGGAAGUUUUGUUAAUUUUUCAAAAAGCCUUUUGAAUGUAAAAAUCUGUCUCAUUAAACUUGUCAUAGC